UGGUACAUACUGUAAUAUGAUGGCACAACCCACUGUGACACCAGUGGUGGAAGUGUCUUUUUUAAUCAAGCAAAUACCGAGAGUUUACCUAUUCAUAUAGUUGAAACAUAGGGGAUCUGGACAAAUUUGGACAGGAUGCUAAUCUUAGCCCACUUGUCAUUGCUGCUUCUUUUGGGAAACCAAGGUAAAAAUAAAUUCCUCUACUUUUUACUUGAUGUGUUUUCGGUUUCUGGCACAAGGAUGAUAAUCAAAUGUCCUCAAGCUAUAUAUUUAUAUCCCAGGCCUACUGACUAAAGAAUCGUUGCCUCAAUUUAUGCCUUUUUCAUUACAGAUUCAGUAACGUGUACUGACCUGCAGAAACAGCAUGAAGUCAUCCAUGCAGCAGUUGGAGAACAUCUAGUGUUGAACUGCACCUACAACUGCUCCUCUGGAUUUGUCCGUGGCCACUGGAUCAAACUCCCAGACUGUCCUCAUUGUUCUAGGCCAAGGGAAACAAAAAAUGUCACAAAGAAUGGUGACCUCUGCACACUACCAUUGUAUUUUCCACAUCUGUCCACGGAAGAUUUUCAGUACAACUAUACCUGCUUUUCUGAAGAUCAUGAAAGCGAACAGCUCCAACGCAAGAUGGAGGGUCUGGUAUCACUGCAGGCACAAGGUAGGCAAAAACAGGUUGAAAUGACCUUACAGCAUGUGCAUUUUACCUCUAAAAACAAAUUGUGUUAAAAUUAAUUAUCUUAAUUAUGUUUUAUAAUACAUUUAUACAUCAGUAAUUACCGGAUAAUUGUUUUUAAUAAUAUUUUAUUUUCUUUUACCAGCUCGACCUAGUGCCCUGGCCACAACGGUCACUACUGGUAAGUCUCACAGGAUAAUCUGUUCCUGAGACUUUAUAAGGCUCUAGUCAAAAUAAGUUAACUAUAUAGGGAAUAGGGUGACAUUUGAGAUUCAACCUAAGUCUCGUUUUCCGUAAUAGUCUAAUUCAAUUGCUCUGAGGCUGUUAAAUGACAUAGGCACAACAUAAUAUAAACCCAUCAUAUUUCACUAGCUUACUUGAUCCUGAUGUCUACCAUUUUCUGUGUUUUAGAUGAAUCGGUGACAGCGUUGGGUAACCACGAGGACUCAAUAAUAGAUCACGGUGAGACAAAAUGCUGGUAUUCCACUGCUUAAAAAGAAAAGAUGAAACAUGUUUAAAUGUAUUGCAAACAACAAAAGUAACCCCCUGUUUGAGGCAAUGACUGAUGAGUUGCAAAUUGAGUUUCAAUGAUAAUAUUGUCUCUGUGCUGUCUUCAAUACAGAGAAAUUCACAGGCGUCAAGGUGUUGGCAACAGUGACAGUAAUUGUGGCUGCGGUGUUGGCAGCUGUGGCUGUCUACUUAUGUAUGAGCCGCAAUCGAUAUUGCAAAGGUGCGUAUACAUGUUGUAAAAUCAAUUAUUUCUGAAUCAUAAUGUUGUAAAAUACUUUCCAAAGUUGUUAUUAAUUAAUAACUACAGUAUAUUUCAUUAACGUGAUUUCUUGUGUAUUUCAGGAAAACCUGCUGUUAUCUGUACAGGGUAUGUUUUUUUUUUCAUACAAUGUGGCAUUUUUGCUAAGCCAUUUUAACACACUUUUCAUUGGCAAUUAUUAUGUGGACUUCUUAUGUGGAAUUUGUUUAUUGGUCUUUUAUCAGCACAACAUCAAGAGAAGGAUCUGGUGCUGGUAGGCCGACAACAACAGGUAAAUAUUUGUUUAAUUUUACGAAAUUGCUGAAACAACCAGUUCACUCAAUGUCGUGACUUGUAAUUAUAAUAGGUUACUUAAAAUGUUAUAGGUGCAUUCUCAACCAAUUGUGAGAGGGUGGCACUGAGAACAACUCCAGCUGGUAAGCUAAUGGAAUGUACCAUUCAUUACAGUUGCUAAACUGGGUGUAUAAUACGAACAUCUACUGUACAAAAUAUUGCAUUUCCUGUUUUGACCUAGAUUGCCAGAGUGAUCAUGAGGUUCCUUAUGCUGACAUCAUGAUUACUAUGCGAGGGGCCAGCACACCUGAGCUCACACAGAUCUCCUACCUGGCUCCGGGGGACCAUAGAGAGGUGAGGAUUGGAAACUAUCGCUUUGUGAUUAAUGUGUGAAAUAGAAAGCGCUCAUCAAAUAAAAUGUAUUAUCUAUUAUUAUUAUUAUUAUUAUUAUUAUAACUUCUACGACACCUCACCACAUUAUUUUACAUCAACACCAUAAGACUCCUGAACAGCUAAUCAAAUGGCUACCCCCUCUUUUACGCUGCUGCUACUCUCUGUUUAUUAUCUAUGCAUAGUCACUUUAAUAACUCUACCUACAUGUACAUAUUACCUCAAUUACCUCGACUACUGGUGCCCCCGCACAUUGACUCGGUACCGGUACCCCCUGUAUAUAGCCUCGCUAUUGUUAUUUUACUGCUGCUCUUUAAUUAUUUGUUACUUUUAUUUCUUAUUAUUUAUUUAUUUAUUUUGGGGUAUUUUUCUUUUUUCUUUUGGGGUAUUCAUUCUUAAAACUGCAUUGUUGGUUAAGGGCCUGUAAGUAAGCAUUUCACUGUAAGGUCUACACCUGUUGUAUUCGGCAUGUGGCAAAUACAAUUUUAUUUUAUUUUAUUUGAUGUCACCAUAUGUGACCCUAUUACUGACAUUAUUCAACGUAAUAUGUCAGUGGAGGUUGCAUAAUGGCUAUUAUUGGCUUAUGCAGCCACAGUCGCAGGUUGAGACUUUAUAUGAACCUCACCUGAAAUGGAAUCCUGUGUGUUUCAUGUCCCCCUGCAGAGGUGGAGAGAAGAGGCAGGCCAUGGCCCCAGCACUGGCCCUGAAGCUAGGUCCCACCUGCAGGCCUCCCGCUCAGCUGACAGACUGCAUGUCCAGCCCCGAGAGGUCUCCAGGAAGAUGAGCACAAAUUCUGAGUAUGCUGUCAUCACUUACUCUUAACCAGUGGAUAAAAGAGUGAAUAAGAGAGAGCAAGUGAGAAAUGACUGUCACUAUACUCAUGUUAAUAUUACUUCUGUUUUGUUAUCAUUUUUUUUACUGUAGCAAGUUGUAUCUAUAACUGUAUAAAAAAUUAACCGUGACUAUCAUCCAAUAAAGUCA